ACACCACUACUCACUACUCACUACUCAUCGUCCGGCAUAUACGUCAUCGCUAUCGAUUCGCAUCAUUCGUUACCAUUCUUUCAUUAUGGCGAACCGUGGAAAUGAUCAGAAGGGUGCAGGAAGCCCACCCUCGAAAGAACUGCUGGUGCAUGUAACGUCUACCAGUCACAGUCCUCCAGACGGGACCACGGAAGCGGGCACUUUCGUACCGGACCUCCUCACAAAUGAUAACUCCGAGGUCAAAACCUACCUCCCGAGCCCACCCCCAGGUGGCAGCGCGAAGAUCGGAACAUACAUAGCCAGUCUCAAUACGGAACAGCGCAACUCGAUAAUCCAAUUCAUUCAAGCGACCAAGGAGCCUACCAGUGUGGCAAUUCAAACGCUCAUAGAGUGUGAAUGGGACCUCAUUGAAGCUGUCUCACGAUUUGGCGAUGACUAUGAUGACGCACAAGAAGACUUUGAAAAGGAAAUCGUUACUCCUCCGACUCGUUUCUCAGGAUCCGAACACAGCUCACGUAAUGUGCAAACACCUCCACGCCAGCCUAAGAAAGACAAACGAAAGAGCAGGUCUCCUGUUCCUUUGCGGCGGGACUUGUUGCAUAAGCUUGCUUUCCAAAACGGUCAAGACUGGCCGCAAAAUCCGCGAAACGCCGCGUACGAAGCGAUCAUACUGCAGUAUUCGCCCUCGAGCCCCAGCAUGCAGACCAUUCCCAUGUUCCUCUCACCUUAUGAGGACAAAAUGUGGUACACAGGCUUCAUGAGACCUUAGGAAGACUUCAGACAGGGAGUAAAGGACUGGAUGGACGGGUGGUUAGCCCACACAUUUUUAGAGCUGCGUUGGGAACAUGUGCCUAGAGACUGUUUUGCCCCGAAGAUUCGUCUUUCGGCCGA